AUGUCGAGCUUUAAGGUUUCUAAACAUUUCUGUACUGGAGCGGUACAAGUAGGACAUUCUGUGUGGCUCAAAUGUGACUUUGAUUUAGAAGGAGAUGAUUUAUACUCUGUUAAAUGGUACAAGAAUCACGUGGAGUUUUACCGCUAUCAACCUCGUGACCGACCACCAGGACAAACGUAUAGACUUUCUGGAACAUUCGUAGAUCUUGACAAAUCAAACAGUAGCCAUGUCUUUCUAAAUUCAACGGAUUUGAACUCAGAAGGACUAUAUGGUUGUGAAGUCUCAGGAGAAGCGCCCUCUUUCAGUACAGCAAAAUCUGAAGACGAAAUGCGUGUUUACGCAUUGCCGUCAGGUGGUCCGGAUAUCAUUGGAUUACAAUCACGCUAUCAAGUUGGAGAUGAGGUAAAUAUAACGUGUUCCUUUGGGCCUUCAAAACCAGCAGCGAAAGUCAACUGGUAUAUUAAUGGUGAAUUGGCACAGGCUCACCAUGUCACGCAUUUACCACCAAAGAAGACAAAAGAUGGCUUACAGUGGAUUGAGCUUCGUUUAGUGUUUACCAUGUCCGGGACUUAUAUCAGAAAAGGUGGACUGCGAUUGCAAUGCUUAGCGGAAGUAUAUUUAACAUACGCACGUGCCCACCAUGAACUGGUAAUAGGCGAGAGGCUGUCAGGACCUGGACCACAAAACGAGCCUAAUGUUAUUCCAAGUCGAAGAAGACCCCGUGUUAGUGGUAGUUCUAGUCGAUACGACGUCGGCGACUUGGUGGAUAUCAAUUGUACUUCUGCGAAAGAAACAACGCCGCCUAUUCUUCGGUGGUUCAUCAACGACAGAGAAGUUCCUCGUCGCCAGCUGGUGAACUAUGGCUCAAUUCGUUCUCAAUCAUCAUCACUGUUCUCAAGUGUUCUAGGACUACGCUUCCAUGUGCAACAGCACCACCUGAGACAAGGAGAACUGCGCCUCCGCUGUGAAUCCACUCUAGCUCGAGAAAUCCUGCGAAGACGAGAAGAGGUCAUUUUUGAAGGACGACACGAAACUGCAGAGCUUCAAGUAUCUCAAAUUGCCAACUCUGUUAAAUCUGGAGGCAAGAAGACGCUUUUAGGUAUGCAAGAAAUUGCAGCCAUCUUAAUCACCACCUACUUUCUACGAAGGAUGUUGUUCGUUAGUAAUGCCACAUAACCCAUUUCUGUGCCCAGAACGAAUUUUUACAAGUAGUGAAUGGGAAGCAAUGAACGUUAUUUUGGCACAACUUCGCAAGGAGAAGUGUUUUACAAGACUUCCUCUUUUGGGAUUACAUAAACUAGUGAUUUUCCUGGGAGUCACUAACAAAUCUACGAAAUGAUAGAGCGGACAAAUGUGGUACAGUUAAGCUAAUCUGAAAAAUGUGAGGACAUGGUUAUUUGUAUUAUAAACACGCUAUUUACUAAUGGUGAAGUUCUUGCGUCCUGAAAUCCGAUUCACUAACUCAAAUUAUCUUCGACUCGCAAAAUUACGGCUACUUUUCAGUUGGUUUAAAAAGAGCAUCAGAAGCUCAAAGAAAAAUUGUCUCUGUGUUUGAAAAUUAAAUCUAAGGAGGAAAAGUGUUGAAUCCUUGUUUGUGCAUGUGAUAUAUCAAAUGACUUUAACACCAACUGUUUCUUUAUACCCUAACAUUUUUAUGUUCACCUAAUUGCCUUAAAUUGAAGACUCAAGAAGAUAUACA